GGGCGCGAUGAAGGGGGCGGGGGCGGUGCCUUGGAGCUCCGACCCAGCCGGGUCCAUGGGAGGGGUCUUCGCGCAGGCACACUCGGCGCCUGGGUCCCAGAGACGUGAUUCAUCCACUGUGAACCCGCAGCGUUUUCUCUCGAAGUCUCCACGCAAAGUGAUGCGCGCUCAAGGGCCUUACUGUUCGAUCCCGGUGGGCAGUCCUCCCUACAGGGUUUGAUUUUGAGAGUGUAUAGGGCCAGGUGGGACUAUCGCUAGGCCAGAAGCUCAAAAUUCGAGGGCGCAGCAACUACAUCCCAGGUCUGUGAGCACCGCAGCUAGGAGGUUGUUUAGGCUUCCUCUCUCUCCUCCAGCAUACUCUCCUCAGGUUUUGGGGGACCUGAGGAAAGUAAGGAGGGGGUCCUGGUCUCAGCCAGAGCCUUCCGUCCUUCUGUCCUUUGACUUCCGAUCUUGGGAUUGGAACGAAAAGAAAAUUCGUUCCAGGCAUGAAGGACUCUGGGACUUGGGAGAAUUUCACAGUAGAGUGUAGAUGAGAGAAUUGUUAAAAAUCCUGCUCAGCUCCAGGGAAAGCCAAAAGAUCCGAUCCGAAGGGUGACAGGCUGGGAAGAAAGCACAGCGUAUAGUCCAACUCAAGCCACUGUCCACAGGAGCCCAGAGGCCCAGAGAAGAGAAGGGCUGUCCCCAGGAUGCACUGCUGUCUUCCGUCAGUCUGCGGCAAGCGCUGAGGAAGACUUCGGGGUUGGAGGCUGAGACCCCCAGUCCUGAUAUUCUUCUGCCCAGCUCAGUCUCCUCUCCACUUAGGCUUCACAGAAGCCAAGAUCCAGGCGCCGGUCAGGAUCCCUUGCCACCCAGCCAUUGGAUUCCAUACUCCCAUCCAGACUGGACCCCUCCGCGAAAGGAUUUAGCUCACCGGCGGCGGCAUCUGCAAGGAACUCUUACCCACCGGCAGCACUUGCUCCUCUGCAGCGCUGCCCUCUGCUGGCGCCCUGCCCGUUGGUCCCUCUCCCUGCCCGGUACACCACUGGGCUCCAGAGGUUUUGCAUCUGCAGACUUCCUAUCGCCGGCUUGGCGCUUUAGUCUCCCGCCUGCCGGGCUGAGAAUGCCAGAGACCACUGGCUCCAACUAGAGCUUAUAGAGACCUGGAAUCCCAUGGUUGCCAAGAACGAGGCACGCUUAGCUCUGGGGAGCUGCUGGUGGGAAAGGGUUCUUUUCCUAGAGGCAUUAGAAGCUGGCUCGUGGGUCAGAUCUCAGUCCUGAGCUGCCAGCGCUACCCACGCCCAAGUCACAGGGCUUCGAAGGCCUGAAGAGUCUUCACUAUACCGUGGAGACCUAACACGGGGAACUCACACAAACCAGGCUGCCAGGCUGCGGAACUUUCCGUUGCGCAAUCUGGAAUUGCAUGGGAGGAGUGUGGAGGGAGGGGGUUCUGAGGACUUAAGCUGUUGAGUGAGGGGUGCCCAAACCCCCUCCAACGUGGUCCUUUCUGGAGCUGGUGUGGGGGUGGUCUAAGGCGUCCAGGAGGCUUCGGUGCACACAGGAAGCCGUGAUCUUCCCGACUUGGCAACUCUUUCUGAAGAGGUGUGGAACUGGCUCCCAGGUACCUUGGAAAGACGAUACAGAAUCCACUGGAGGAGCGAGGGGGGAUAGCGGGAAGGGGAAAGAAGGAAGAGAAAGGACCCGGGAAAGAAAGAAUGAUCAUUAAGAGACCAAAAAGAAAGAGGAACGUCUGUCUGGCAGCUUCCUAGGUCGAAAUCCUAGCAGCCUGACUCCAAAGCAGAGGCCAGCUGAUGGCUUUGCCCUGGGCUGGCCGCAGUUUCAGAGGCAUUUUGGGUCUGCAAUUCCCAUCUUACAUUGCUCUAGGGUAUCCCACAGAUGCUAGCAUUUGAUGGCUUUUCAAUACUCCCCACUCCCAGCUUAGUACUCGUAGGGCUGGGAGCCUAUCUAUCGUAGGUGAGAUCCAGCCCCGACGGCGACGCCCGAGGUUCUUCCUCAGCAGCCCUCCGUGCUGGCAGAAGUUUGACACUGGCUGUGCGCGGCGAGCAGAGCUGUCGGGGAGCCCGUUUAGGGCGAAGCGCCCGCUUGGGUAGCGCUGCCAGCGCCAGAGAUCUGCAUCACCCAAGCUUUCCGAAUGCUACCGCAGCCUAGGGAGUGAAGCCUCUAAAGAGUGCAGGAGAGGCUGUGGGGCUAAGGAUAGGUGGGAAUCGGACAGAGUACUGGGCUUGGUCAAGGAGAACAGCAAAGCUCAGGCAGCUCUGGGAGUGGCCCGCAGAGCUAGGAAGGUGAAGGUCUAGGCUGGGAUCCAUUGCUUGGCCCGGGUGGGCAUAGGGACCCGUGGGGCCAGCAGCCACACGCCCCCUCUUGCUCAGUCUAGUCCCGGGAGUAAAGGCAAGCCUCGCUGCGCAGCAUCCCCUUCUUCAACCCCAGCACCCCCCCCCACAUGCCCCCUCCCCGCUCCGGGCCGCGGGCUGAGCCUCCCUCCCUGCCUGGAGCUUCCCACGGGGAGAGGAGGAGGGGGAGGAGGAGGAAGGAUCGGAGGAGAGGGAGGAGCAGAGGGGGACUAUUCUGAGCGGUCCGCACGCUGCCCCCGCCCCUCGCGCUGUCGGUGAAGGCUCCUUCGAGCCUGGCCGGGUACAAGUCUGUCCUUCGACGUCAGGGGGUCAUUAAUAACCAAUUAGGAGGGUCACUGCGGCUCCUAUAAAAGAGCCGAGAUUUUGCCAAGGGGAGGACGGUCCUGGCUGGGCGAGUGGGGAACCGAGAGUCCUUGGUCGUUGUCUUUCUGCAGCCACCCGCCACCCACCCUUCCCGUACCCCUCCUGGUAUCCACCCCUGUCUCCAUCCGCGGACUUCCAGCCCUCCGUGCCAUCUCUGCCAUCUCUGCGGAUUUUGUGAAUCCCCAGCUUGAUUCCCUGUCCUCCCAGCCAUCCCUUGCCACGCACUCCCCAGUGCACCCUCCUCCUGCUCCUCUUCCUCCUCCUCCUCCUCCUCCUCCCUCGUGUUGUGUCACCCUCCUCUCUUUUCACUCCUUUGAUCCCUCUUCGUUGCCCACCUCUCCGGAGUCCACCCAGUCAUCCUUUCCGCGGCGCCGGCGGCGAGCCCUUGGCCGCCCAUGAUGGGCUCUGUGCUCCCAGCUGAGGCCCUGGUGCUCAAAACCGGGCUGAAGGCUCCGGGGCUGGCGCUGGCAGAGGUCAUCACCUCCGACAUCCUGCACAGUUUCUUAUAUGGCCGAUGGCGCAACGUGCUAGGCGAACAGCUGCUGGAGGACAAGAGCCACCACGCCAGCCCAAAGACCGCCUUCACGGCCGAGGUCCUGGCGCAGUCCUUCUCCGGAGAAGUGCAGAAGCUAUCUAGCUUGGUGCUGCCAGUGGAAGUGAUCAUCGCCCAGAGUUCCAUCCCAGGCGAGGGCCUUGGCAUCUUCUCCAAGACGUGGAUCAAGGCAGGCACAGAGAUGGGCCCCUUCACUGGCCGAGUCAUUGCCCCAGAGCAUGUGGAUAUCUGCAAAAACAACAACCUGAUGUGGGAGGUAUUCAAUGAGGAUGGUACAGUACGCUACUUCAUCGAUGCCAGCCAGGAAGACCACCGAAGCUGGAUGACCUACAUCAAGUGUGCCCGGAACGAGCAGGAGCAGAAUCUGGAGGUGGUCCAAAUAGGCACAAGCAUCUUCUACAAGGCCAUUGAGAUGAUCCCUCCAGACCAGGAACUGCUGGUGUGGUAUGGAAAUUCCCACAACACCUUCCUGGGCAUCCCAGGUGUGCCUGGACUGGAGGAGGAACAAAAGAAAAACAAGCAUGAGGACUUCCACCCGGCGGACUCCGCGACCGGCACCGCGGGCCGCAUGCGCUGCGUCAUCUGCCACCGCGGCUUCAACUCGCGCAGCAACCUGCGCUCGCACAUGCGUAUCCACACGCUGGACAAGCCCUUCGUGUGCCGCUUCUGCAACCGCCGCUUCAGCCAGUCUUCCACGCUGCGCAACCACGUGCGCCUGCACACGGGCGAGCGUCCCUACAAGUGCCAGGUGUGCCAGAGCGCCUACUCGCAGCUGGCCGGCCUGCGCGCGCACCAGAAGAGUGCGCGCCACCGGCCGCCCAGCACCGCGCUCCAGGCGCACUCGCCCGCGCUCCCCGCGCCCCACGCCCACGCGCCCGCGCUCGCCGCCGCCGCCGCUGCGGCCGCCGCGGCGCACCACCUGCCGGCCAUGGUGCUGUGAGCGCCGCGCACGCGCUCCACGCGCACGCGCCUCCCCGCCGCCGCUGCGACGGACCCGACCCCCCGCGCCGCGCGCCAUCCAGGCGCCGGCUACCCGGAACCCACUCCCGAUCCGUCUCGCAGAAGACGACGCCGAGGGGCGACGUCCCCUUUUGCCCAGGCCACCCGGCUGGUGUGGCUGCUGCCCUGUUCUCUCUUCUUGGGAGCCGGUCCCCAUGUCCGGUCCCCAUCUCGGAGUGUCCCUCCUGCAGGGCCGCGUCCCUACGCGGACAUCUCUCUUCUAGACGACAGGAGAGAGGGGACAGACGAUCUCCAAAGAGAGCUGAGUAGUUGGGAGUGGAAGAGAGAGCUACCUCCUUGGCCCAGAGUGGGCCUGGGGCGGCGAUGCUCAUCUUUGCCUCCUGGGAAUGGCGUCUUGAAGUGUCGGAGUGGAGGGAAAGACGUUGACCCUUGGCUGCGAUUGGAGCCCCAAGGUGAUUAGCACAGACCGGGAGAGACCAGCUCAUCCUGGGCCCUGCUUUCCUUCCAGUGCACCCGGCUCCCAGGGAAGGACGAGAUGCUGAUACAUUCUGCAGUGUGUUGGGCAGGUUGAGAGUGGAGUCACAAGGAACAUUCACCAUAGCCCCUGGGCAAGACCCUGACCCUUUCGGAGCCUCAGUUUCCCCCUCUAUAGAACGCAGGAAUUAAACUAGUGCUCCCUUUCUUAAAUCUCAACUGUCUUCUGAGCUUAGGAAUGGAGAGGCAUCCUCACCUCCACCCUACUAGGUCCCCAAACAAGAGAAUGAGCGACCAUACAGGGGUCUGGAGCCGAGGUUGGCUUCUCCGCCCAGAAAGUUUGCCUGAGGCGCGUGGAGCCCGGGGUUCUUCCCCACGACCCCACACUCCCACGGGCUCCUGCCCAUGCCGUUCCCUGCUCUGUCCGUGGGCGCCCUCUAGUGUCAGCCCAAAUCUUGUCAUUUACCAGAAUCCCCUCCGCCCAACACACACACACACCCCACAUACAAUCCAUCCACACACCUGGGCGUUUGUAAUAAAAAAACCCCCACAAAACUAUAAUAAUAUUAACAAAAAGUAUAACAUGUAUAGAGUUUUCAAGGAAGUGUGUACUACUCCCAGAAAAAACUGUCACUUUAACUUUGUAAAUGUUUAUCUAAGAUGAUAUUUACGAAACUGUGAUAUAUAUUAUUUGAUUGUAUAUGUACAACUGUAAAUACAUUUGUACUUCUCUUGUAUUCUAAAAUAAACAUUACUUGGAACAUGUA